AUGGGUGGAGGAGUUGCUCCUCCAUUCGGUCAGCAACAACAACCACCACAACCAAUUCAAUCACAACCACCUCAAGUCGGUGCAUUCCCGACUGGCGUUAACAUGAAUCGUGGCGGUCCAAUGACAAUGCCACCACAGACUGGAGGAUUCGUAUCACAACAGCCACCACCACCAGUUUCACACCAAUUGCCACCACAAGCUCAUCACCUCAGUCCACCAACUUCCUCCAUGUUACCACCAACCUCACAUCAAGUGAUUCCACCAAUGACACACCAACACAAUGUUCCACCACCAAUGACACACCAACACAAUGUGUUACCACCGAUGGGUCACUCUGGUAUGCCACCACAACCACACCACUCACAUCCACCAACCGUCCCACCAACCAACAACAACAUGAUGCCACCAUCUCCAGUUGUCCCAGUCGGUAGUCUCUCACCGGUAACACCAUUGUCGCCACCAACUCACUCUGCUCCACCAAUGACAGCCACAGCACCCAAGCCAACCGCCACCUCAAGCCACGAUUCGCCAGCUACCACCUCGUUCACCGCUCCACCUCCAAAGGCCAACGUCCACAACACUCCACCAAGCAAUCCACAACCAACACCAGAGAUGAACGAAAAGAUCAGCGCGCUGAUUGGAUCACUCCAAAAGUCACUCCAAGACCUUUUGGCGGGUGGUGCCAACAAACAAAAGUGGGACGAUGCCAACCAUCGUAUCCAAAACCUCAUCAACAAGCUCAAUAAGAACGACCUAUCGCCAUUGGCAAUCAACGCACUCGAGGGUGUCAUCUCAUCGAUCAUCGAAGGUGAUUUCAAGACUGCCAACAGCAAAUAUCUUCAGGUAACAUCAAGCCCAUUCUGGAAUGAAAUUGGUUCUCAAUCAAUGAUUGCAAUCAACUUAUAUGUCGGACCAGAAUUAUCGCCUCUGGUUCAAGCUUUUGAAUGUUAUCACUCUCCAAAAUCAAAUGAAUGUCAUACUGAUAAAGCUAUCUUACCUCAUCAAUGUACAAUUGAGACAAAAACUGAUAGUGAAUAUUUAGAAUCCAAUCAAUCUGACAGAUUUUAUCAAUGUUUUGUGAAUGCAUUCAAUAGUUUUUCUCACAGAAAUUGUAUUGGUGUAAGACCUGUUGCAAAUGAGCCAACUGUAAAUUGGUUAACAUUUAAAGAUGUUUAUCAAAAUUCUGAAAUGUUUGGAUCUGCUUUAAAAAUAAAUGUUAAAUAUGAAUCAAGAGUUGGAAUAAUGCUCAAUAAUGUUCCUGAAUGGUAUUUCGUAGAAUUUGGAUGUCUAUUUUAUGGAUACACUCUUAUUCCUAUCAAUCAUUAUAUCAAUAAUGAUCAAUUAUUGAAUAUCCUUAAGAUUGGAGAACCAUCAGUUCUUGUGGUUUCAAAGAUAACAUUUCCAAAAUUACUAAAUGUGAUAAACAACUAUUCAAAUUUAACAUUGAUCAUACAUGUUGGUGAUGAUUAUGAUCAAAAUUUGAAAAAUCAACUUCCACAACAAAUCAAAUUCAAAUUAUAUUCUGAAUUCUUAUCUACUGUUUCUGAAAUUGCUCCACAUUCACCAUUGAUCAAUGGUAUUUUAUCAAUUGUAUUUUCAACUGGUAGUACUGGUGUUCCAAAAGGAGAGAUAUGCAAAGAUAGAGAUACUACCAAUUGUUUAAAAGCCUUUUCUUUAUUGAAAAUAAGCCUUAUUUCUAUCAGUUAUCUUUCUCUUUCUCAUACUCAAAGGAAAAUGGAUUUAAAUAGCAUUUUUCUUGGAGGUAGAUUUAUAAUUUACUCUUUGGGCACAGAGAUAGAACCAUUUAUUAAAGAGUGUUCAAUGGUUAGACCAUCAUAUUUCUGGAAUUUCCCAACAUUUUAUAAUCAAAUAUAUUCAAAGUAUCAAAGAAGAUUAGAAAUAAUAAAGAAAGAACAACCAAAUCUUUCAAAUGAUGAAGUUGAUUCAAUAGCAAUUAGAGAAACAACAAAUGUUUUUGGAGAUAGAAUUCAACACAUAUCAGCAGGAGGUGCUAAAAUAGCUCCACAUAUUGAAAUAUUUUUGAAGAAAUGUUGGGGAAAUCGCUUUUAUAACCACUAUGCUUGUACUGAAUCAUAUGGUAUUGCAUCUAAUGGUAGAAUUAUAAGUGAUGUAGAGUAUAAAAUCAAUGCAAUACCUGGUUUCAGAGAUGAAAGUCCAUUUCCAGUUGGUGAAUUAAUUGUCAAAUCACCAAGAACUAUUGAAGGUUAUAUCAACAAAGAUGGUUCAAAUGAAAAGAAUUUCAGAAAUGGAUGGUUUGCCACUGGUGAUAUCGUUGAAGAAUAUGAACCUGGAUACAUUAGAAUCCUUGAGAGAGUUAGUUUCUCUUUCAAAUCAUCAUUUGGAAGAUUUAUAUCAAAUAUAUUCAUUUAUGGAACAUCAUUACAUCCAUUUUUGGUUGGAAUAGUUGUACCUUCUCAAUUGGCUUUGGAGAGAUUCAAUCUAACAUAUGAUCAAUCAAAUAUUGAUCAACAUCAAGAUCUGAAAGAAUCUAUCAUCAAUGAAAUAAAUAUCAUAUCAAAACAAAAGAAUAUUAUAUUUUGGGAAAUUCCAAAGGCAAUAAAAUUGGAUAAUACCAUUUGGACUGUUGAUAAUCAUCUUUUAAAUGGAUCUUUCAAAUUCGAUCGAAAAGAAAUCACAAAAUACUAUCAAGAAUCUUUGGAUCAAUUAUUAUCAGGUAUAAAUGAAAAUGGUAGUUCAUUCUUCUAA